GGUGAGGGCAAACGUAGCCAUCUUGGUAAUCUCAUUUGUAACGUUACCGCAGGUUCUAAAAAGCAGUGUCGUGCCCGGUAAUAAAGUUUUUUAAGCGGUUGUGCAUACGCAACGCAAUAGCUAUUGGCUGUUCAAGCUGUCACACGGCUGAGCAGACAGUGGUUGCGGCCACGACGAGAAGUUAGGCGAAUUUUCUGCAAAAUCUCAGUGAAUAACGUAUAAGGGCGAAAGAGAAAAUUAUCCGAAGUAGAGCAGCUUUCUUAAAACCCGUAGUAGAAUACCCCACGGCAAUUGUGAAAAGUGAGAGACGUGCAAGCGUAGCACAGUCGGCUACCAUCCGGCUUGUGUGGCUGCCCUAGACGAGCAACAGGCAAAGCAACACAGCCGCGUCCAGCUUUCCAUCAAUCAACGCAACGCAGUAACAAAAUUGUAAGUCGUCUGUGCUUUUCACGCCAAUCAACAUCUGCUCAUCGAUAGAUUUGUUGCGUCGUCUACCGCGAAGAGCACAACGAUCAUACCAAACAGUGGCGAUAGUGUUUGCUGCAUUAGAGAAGUGGAAGUAAGAGAAAAGCACCAGAAAUGGCAUUAAAGAGAAUUAAUAAGGAACUACAAGACUUGGGGAGAGAUCCACCGGCACAAUGCUCAGCUGGUCCUGUCGGGGACGAUUUGUUUCACUGGCAGGCAACCAUUAUGGGCCCGCCAGACAGUCCGUACCAGGGCGGAGUGUUCUUUCUGACUAUACAUUUCCCAACAGACUAUCCGUUCAAACCACCAAAAGUGGCUUUUACAACACGCAUCUAUCACCCAAACAUCAACAGCAAUGGGUCGAUUUGCCUCGAUAUUCUAAGAUCUCAAUGGUCACCCGCGCUAACAAUUUCAAAAGUUUUGCUCUCGAUCUGCUCUCUGCUAUGCGAUCCGAAUCCUGACGAUCCGUUGGUGCCAGAGAUUGCCAGAAUAUACAAGACGGAUCGGGAAAAAUAUAACGAACUCGCUCGGGAGUGGACCAGAAAGUAUGCUAUGUGAUGCGUUCCAGUUGCAACCUUACAAAAAGCCAACAGCAGCAGCCGUAGCAUCAAGAAAUACAACCAGAACAAAAACAGUAACUGUAUCCAGAGCAACAAGAGCAGCAGCAGCAGCAGUGAACAAGAACAGCCACCAUGUAUAAAAAUCAGCCAACAACGUGACAGCAGCAGUAGCAGCAACAAUAACAACAAGGAAGCCAGACUCCCUAAAGAACAUCAACUAACGUACAGUAGCACUGAAUGGAAGCAUAGCGGAGACUUCAACAACAAUGAUCAAAAUUCUUUUUCAUACCACUAUAACUGCUAUAGCGACAGUUUGUACUGUUAUUAUUAUUAUAACAUUUAUCAUGACGAUCAUUUCGUUAUCAGCCAACAUUACUGUCAGGGAGAAUCAACAGUAGCAACAACAUCGAUAUUGAUGACGGCUAUCUUCACCACCGCUACCGAAACACCAUCGUCCACUUUAACAACCAUAGCAAUAAUCUCACAACAGAAUACUGCUCACGAUUCGGUUAAAGCCUUUGACAUGAAACUCACAUCUCGUGCUGCUUAAAAAGAAACAUGCUACUGUUUCUGGCAUACUCAGUACACGUCAGACAUUAUCCUCUCUUCCAGAAACUUCCCAUUCCUCCUCCAAAAUCAACCCAUCAUCAAGAUCAAAUUCAGCUGCGUCAAAACGAGCAGCAAAAAUUCGGUAUGCACGAUUUAUUAUUAGCUUCUUCAUUUUCUCUUCGUUCUUCUUCAUUUACUCUUCGUUCUUCGUCAUUUACUACGUUUUGUCUUCUCUUUUCUCUGUUAUACCGCCGCAUAACUAUACAGACAACACCCAUUUGAAAACGGCGUUAGUGAAGAAGUGUUUUUUAUAAUUAUCAAAAAAGAACUAAUAAAUUAGUUUUUUUUUCAUAUACAUGAAUUAAAUUUGCGCCUUCCUCGCAAUCACAACGUAAUUACGGAAAUAGAGUUGGUCUAGGGUUAAUUUGAUUUACUAAAGUUUCACUGUUUACUUGCAACGUAUUUAUUGACAUUUCAAAAUCAAUUAAAUCAUGUUCAAAAUCAAAUCAAUGAAAUUGCGUUCUUGUCGAACUGUUCUUGUCGUUCUAGUACCGCUAGAGUUUCCUCUAUUUUUUUUAUCGUCACGAUUUUGCUUAGGUUUAAUGCUCUUCGUGUAUGCGGUAUGUUGUCAUCGCGAUCAUUAUCUUUACCUUCAUCAUUAUCAUCAUAGCCGUCGUUACAGCCGUCGUCGUCAUUACCGUUAUUUUUGUCAUCUGCAUCAUCGUCUUGAUCAUCUCCUUGAUAAGUCUCAUCAGUCAUUUCUAAUCAUCUUCAAUAAUUUUCUGCAUCAUAUUCAAUUAUUUUCUGCAUUACAUUAUUUUCUGCGUGUUCGUUGCACAGCACCCUCAAACCUCACUAGCACUUAUCAAUUUGUUUUUUGCUUUCAUUUCCUUGCUCCCGUGAAACAAACCUAUUCGGUCAUACAAUGGAGCAUGAUAUUUGACGGAAACAGAACACUACGCAGUGUUUACUUUGAAUAUGGUGGUACACUUGAAAUAAACUUAGACGGCAUUAACUAAAACAAACUUAGACAGACGUCAACCCUGCACACCAACACUAGUAGAGCCGCUGGAGGAAAGAAGUGAUGAAUUAAGCGGAGCGUUAAUGGAAGUAAGGAUGCCAGCAAGAGGAUGCUCGGAGUUAUGCGUUUGUUUUAAGCUAGCCAACAGAUAAAUAUGUAUAGAGGUGUAGCUGCUAUACUAUGCUGACAACAAAAUUUAAAAAAAAUCUUAAACAGAUAGGUUAAUUGGUUAGUGACGCACUUCAAGGAAAACACUAUUGGUACUCCUACCCCAAUUUCUAAUAAAGUGCCGCUACACAGAAGACCAUUUGAGAAACAAUUUAAAAUAACGCAUGCAUAUGCUGUCCCUGUAAUGCAAAGAGCGAUUGGAUACAAAUCUCUCCCUCUCCUGCCCCCAUCCUGCCUUUCCUUUUUUCACUCCCUUCAUACACAAAAACAGGAAACCAGUAUAAUAGCAACAAAUACACAUGAAUGAAAAACAUAAGAGUUGCGCGAAAUGCUGCUACUAAUAUGGUAAUGAUCGAUAUAGCGAGUGAGAAUAAGUGGAAGUCAGAAUAAAUAUCAAUCUUACAUAUAUAAACAUAUAUCUUAAAUUGAUAACACCUCACUAUCUAUCUCACACGAUUGUUGGGGGACACAGGCAGUGGCAGUUUCCGCUAGCUUAGCUAAACCCUAUUUUAAACAUAGUUUCUUUUACGUUUCUCUUACCAUUCCUUCAUACAGUUUUCGGUUUACGCUGUUAGCGAUGUUCCGCCCUUAUCAAUAGACGAGCAAGGACUUCGCGAAUAGAAAGGCCAUUACGGUUAUUCUGGCCUUCGGUCGUCCAGCCGUUUGAAGCCUUUGUCUUCGAGCAAUGCUCAGUGUAACCUGUGCAUACACCUAGUGAUCAGCGCCCACAGGUCGUGUGUUUGAGGCAGAUCCGAUUCCAGAGGUCGCUGGGGUCUUUUUAUUCGCUGUAAUGCCUGUAUUCUUCCUUGCCACAAUCACAGAACGGAUAAAGGACAACCUUUUCUGUGCGGUAGGCCUGUAACACAGACACGAGGGCUGUUAGGUGAGAACAUGUUGCACAUGAGAACGUGUUCGUUCGUCACUAGGUUUUUAAACAAAACACAUAGCGGCGGUCACUAAGCAGAGCCAAAGGAACCCUGGGCAAAUCUCUCGAGCCGAGCAUGUUGCACCUUUUUUCAUGCUAACCGCCUUAUGUUUCGGCUUCCGCUUUGUUCAAAUUUCGUAUAUAUCGAUGCUCCGAGUUCCGUGUUCAUUGGCGAAUCGCAUUGUUAAUUCGGUACCAAAACGGUCACUGUAAUAUUAUAGAGAGAAAGAGAGAGAGAGAGAGAGAGAGAGAGAGAGAGAGAGAGAGAGAGAGAGAAAACAGCUUGAAGCCAACCAACGGACAUCCUUGAGGGAAAAAUGUAACUUUACUGCAAUAGCGAAACAGUAGUCGAGGCGAUGUUGUAGAAGAUCGGUCAACAUCCCUCACUUCCUUUGGCGUUGAGGUGUGGGAAGACGGGCAAAAGUUGUAUGCGAAGUUGGUGUACUAUAUCCGUUCAAAAAAGGGAAUAAAAGUAAACAACAAAUAGCAUGUCGCACAGCACAGACCAAAAUCUGUCAUCUGGAAGCGAGUUGCUGGCGAGUAACUGUAACUGACGAGCCUGCACAUCGAAUGAAUGAUCAGAAGAAUCGAAGUUGCAAAACUACAAGCGAGCAUUGAAUCAAGCAAAGCAACUCAAAAUGGACGAUGGCGCAGGCAAAAUUAUAGGCAACCGUAGGGCGAGGUAUGAUAGCGAGAACGGUACAACAAACUGAACAGAAACUGUGCAUCGUUACUAGAGCAAACAAACGGCAGCAGGACACUUUGUACACAAUCAUACCGUGUUUUGGUUUCGGCACGAACGGAGGCUCCCCGAAACGGAUGCUAAACAAUGCUGCAAUGGGACUGUAAUUGUGCGUGCUGCGUUUCCAAAAGGUUGGCUGGUUAAACAAAACUCACAAACACACACAUGCAUAACGCAUGCAACAAAAUCAGCAAAACAAACGAUCGUGUUUUUUUCUACAAGUAAACUUGAAUUUAAAUUGACAUAAACAGAAAGAAACUCGAUUAAAAUAAAAAAAA